UAAUAAUAAUAAAAUACAUAUACGUAGUGGUAAGGACUAUAGUUGGUGUACACAAAUAACUCACAUAGGAGAGAAAAUCUUGUGACGAAGUUUUGGUGGGACACUAUAGUUGUUCUUUACCGCUACCUCCACCCUUAUGGCUUCUCUGCUCAGGCUAUGGUCAGGAGGACAGAGUGUGUACAGCAGCCGCCCUGCCACACUCCUCUCCACACAAUGGACACGUGCACUCUUCACUACACCUUCGGCUACAGUUAUGAAAACCCAGUCGGCUGAAGACUACUGGACUAAGAAUAAACGCCUUCGGCGGCCUGUCUCACCUCAUUUAACUAUCUAUAAACCACAGAUAACCUCAAUGCUUUCUUUUUCUCACCGUGCUACAGGCUUACUGCUGUCUACAGUUAUAUCUGGAUUUAGCAUUGGUAUGCUGACUCUCCCAGGAUCAUACCCACACUAUUUGGGCUUAAUCCAGUCAAUGGAAUUUGGUGGAGUAGCCAUUUAUGGGGCCAAGUUCCUUUUGGCUCUACCAUUCAUGUAUCACAUCUGCAAUGGCAUCAGACAUUUGGACAUACAGUCUAUAGAUGAGCAGCUGGGCUCUGAGUACAAUGGUGACUUUUUUACCGUGAAAAAAAAAAACAGCGACUUGUCCAUGGUUAAUGUUUAGUCAAGGUGGAAGUGC